CCUCAGGAGAAGAAGAUUAGUUUCACCGCGCUCUCUGUUGUGUUGUCACGUUGUUUCUGUAAAUAGAAAAUACAGUUUUUGAGUCAGGUCAGUAAAUACCUGUAAUAUUCUCAUCCUCACAGUCGAGACUAAGUGUUGAAUCAAGCAGGAAUAUCUGGAAAAGUAUCAUCUGAACUGAGAUCUGCUGCUGUGAAGAUGGAGUUUGUUAAAGAGGAGAGUGAAGAGAACACGAGAGAACCAGAAACCUGGAGAAUAAAACUCGAGGAAACAGAAACCCGGAGAAUAAAACACGAGGAGCCAGAAACACAGAUAAUAAAACAUGAAGAACCAGAAACCCGGAAAAUAAAACAUGAAGAACAAGGAGAGUAUAUUGAAGAAAAUGUGGAGAAAGAAUUGGAAGUUGAGGAGAGGAAUCAUAUUAAAACUGGAGAAAACCCUUCAACUUGCUCUCAAAGAAACAAAUUGUCAAGAAAAAAUGGUCUUGAUGUUCACAUGAAAUUGCACACUUGUGAUCAGUGCGGGAAGAAUUACAUACGAAAAGAUCGCCUUAGAGCACACAUGGGAGUUCACACUGGAGAGAAACCGUUUAAUUGUGAUCAGUGCGGGAAGAGUUUCACACGAAAAGAACUACUUACAGCACACAUGAGAGUUCACACUGGAGAGAAACCGUUUAAUUGUGAUCAGUGCGGGAAGAGUUUUUCACUAAAAGGACUACUUACAGCACACAUGAGAGUUCAUACUGGAGAGAAACCGUUCACUUGUGAUCAGUGCGGGAAGAGUUUCUCACAAUUAUCACAUCUUUAUGCACACACAAAUGUUCACACUAGAGAGAAACUGUAUGCAUGUGAUCAAUGUGACAAAAUGUUUUUGAGGGCUUCACACCUGAAGCAGCACCUGAGAGUUCAUACAAAAGAGAAACCACAUUCAUGUCAUUUGUGUGGAAAGAGUUUUUCACGUCUACAACAUUUGAAAGGGCAUCAGAAAAUACAUACUGGUGUGAGAGAGUACAUGUGCUUUGAGUGUGAAAAGACUUUUACUACAGCGACCAAUUUAAAACAGCAUGAGAGGAUCCACACUGAAGAGAAAUCCUACAAGUGUUCACACUGUGACAAGAGAUUCGGUAAUUCAUCAAGUCUGAAAACACAUGAGAGGAUCCACACUGGAGAGAAACCUUACAAGUGUUCAUACUGUGAACAGAGAUUCAGUCAGCCAGGAGUUUUGAAAACACAUGAGAGGAUUCACACUGGAGAGAAACCGUAUCACUGCACUGAAUGUGGGGAGUGUUUCUGUCAUCUAACUUCUCUACACAGACAUACAAAAAACAAUCACAGCAAGUAGGUCAUCUUCAGAUUUGAUGCUGCCUCCCAGUACCGCCACUCCCUAUACGCAGAGUACGCAGAGAGAAACUCCCUUCUGAUAUUGCUCCACUAUUUUUCGCCGCAGCAUUGGAGGAAUUGGUGAUCCUCUGUCCAUCUUGACUUCUGAAAGACACUGCCAUUCUGAGAGGCUCUUUUUAUACACAAUCAUGAUGCCAAUUGACCUAAGUUGCAAAUUGGUCAUCCAACCAUUCUUUAUAUGUACGUUUAACUUCUCUUGACUCUUAUAGCUACCUGUACCAACUUUUUUGGAAUGUGUAGCUCUCAUGAAAUCCAAAAUGAAUUAAUAGUUGGCAUGACAUUUCAAAAACUCUCACUUUCAACAUUUGAUAUGUUAUCUCUAUUCUAUUGUGAAUCAAAUAUAAGCUUAUGAGAUUUGUAAAUUCUUCAUUCCUUUUUUAUUCACAAUUUGUACAGUGUCCCAACUUUUUUUUAAAUCGGGUUUGUAGAUGCAGGAUAUACUGUCAUGUUGAUUUGUAAUUGAUGUUUUGCUUCUCUUGUAAAAAACGAUCUAAAUGUAUUAGAUGGGCCCAUUUCAGAAGCAGUGUGAGCUACUCCGUCAGUGCAGAUUCAACAGACCACAGAGUGAAUAUGUGAGAGUGAUCCCAUCUAAAAAUAAAAAAUAAAGUUAUUUUGCAUUAAGCAUUUAAAUAAAAAUUCCUGUUAAAUUUGACUAAAACUCCUGUAUUUAAAAAAAAUAACCAAAGAAAAUUGCAUUUUUUUCUAAAGCAUUUGAUUGUAUGCAUGUUUUUAAUACCUCUUGAAAGGUGACAAUUUUUAGUGUUUCAUGAAGUUUAAAGCCUUAAAGCAUUGAGUACUGCUGGCAGAACACUGGAGCUAUAUCAGGUUAAUGGUAAUGCGGUUUAUGAUUACUUGAAGAGUCAUAUUAAACAUAGGCAUGCUCAAACUACAAGAGUUAUUUCUUAGUAAUUAAAAUGGGGGUCAAAUUUGUUAAUUUUUGCAAUAAAUUAGCAAAAUGUCAAUUGAUUCUUUGUAAACGUCAAACUAUAGGUGGCGUUGUAUGUAGUCUUUUUUUACGGACAAACUCUUGUUGAUAUCUACCUCAUCUUGUGCUGCCAUGUUACAUUUAGAAGAUAUUGGAGCGGACUUCAAAAGUGUAAAUGUGUUUUUUUCUUGUCUUUGUCUCAAGAAGUCAAGAGACGCAUGAACGGUUUAAAAAGUUAAACAAAAUGAAAAAUUU